UUUCAGCCUGUCCGAGGGAGAAAAAAACAUAUAUUCCCUCCACGACAGCAUCGCCCAGCUGCGCGGCCUUUUCCUUGUGCGACGUCAAUCCGCUCCUUGGGCGCCUGCACUCCCAACACACCCUUCAUCCUCUCCUCGUCCUCGACGCAUCCGUUGCGCAUUCUCGAUCCACCGGUUGGACAGCUUGCCAAGAUGAAGUUCUCCAUGGUCUCUGUCGGCCUUCUGGCCCUACUCACACCGCUCACUGCGGCCUGGUCCAAGGAGGAUCGCGAAAUCUUCCGCGUCCGCGACGAGCUUGCCGCUGCAGAAGGUCCCGACAUGACCUUCUACCAAUACCUCGAUAUCGCCCCCUCCGCCUCUCAGGAUGAGAUUGGCAAGGCCUACAAGAAGAAGAGCAAGCUGCUCCACCCUGACAAGGUCCGCCAGCAGAUGAUGGCUGAGCGCGCCAAGGAGGACAAGGCCAAGGGCAAGAAGGGCGCGACCAAGCCGCCGACCAAGGCCGAGCUCAAGGCUGCUAUCAAGUCUGCUGGUGAGAGGCAGGCACGCCUCGGUAUCGUGGCCGACGUCCUACGUGGACCUGGUCGGGAGCGCUACGACCACUUCCUCAACAACGGCUUUCCUCUCUGGAAGGGCACCGACUACUACUACAACCGCUACAGACCUGGCUUUGGAACCGUUCUGGUCGGCUGCCUGCUUGUGAUGGGCGGCGGCUUCCAUUACCUUGCUUUGUACAUGAGCUGGAAGCGUCAGCGCGAGUUCGUCGAGCGGUACAUCAAGUUCGCCCGCCGUGCUGCGUGGGGUGACAACCUUGCUAUUCCCGGUGUCGAGGCUGCAGCCUCGAGCACUCCGCCUCCUGCACCUGCCUCUGGUGACGAUGAGCAGCCUCAGAUGCCCAUGAACCGCAAGCAGCGCCGGUUCCAGGAGCGGGAGACGCGCAAGGAGUCCGGAAAGGAUGGCAAGAAGGUCCCUCGUGGCCGCGCCCGUGGCUCUGCUCAGGCCAGCGGCAGUGCGACACCAGUCCCUCAGCCCGAGGGGUCUGGACCUACUGGUGCCAAGAAGCGCGUUGUGGCCGAGAACGGAAAAGUCCUCGUCGUCGACUCGCUUGGUGAUGUAUACCUGGAGCAGGCCGACGACGAGGGCAACGUCAUGGACUUCCUGCUGGAUCCCAAUGAGCUCGCAAAGCCAACCAUCAAGGACACUGCUCUCGUCAAACUUCCGGUCUGGGCCUUCAAGUCGACCAUUGGCAGAUUCCUCGGCUCACCAACCACUGACGCUGCCGGCGCGGACGACGAGCUUGACGAGGUUGUGGAUGAGGACUCCUCGUCCACUCCUGGCCAGCGCACGCCGAGUGCUGACUCUACCGAGGACUUUGAGCUUCUCGAUAAGAGCGUUGAGGACCUUAGCAAGUCCAAGACUUCUGGCAGCCAGGCGCAGAGUGGCAAGUCCAAGAAGCGUAACAACAAGAAGAAAUAGUCGUCCAGCGUGGCACCACGCAUGGGACUUUUCUAAGAGAAUCAAGUCCGCAAGGUCUUCGGUUGCAGACCCGAUGCUUGGACAGAAACCAAGCUACACUAUGCUUGACGACAUAUCUUGACGACAUAUAAAGCCAUAGAGAAAAGUGAAAUUGAAUGCAAUCCGUACUAGCCACUCUGAUGGCAUCCUUUCUACAAAC